UCUCUACCUCACUCUUUAACAUGGUCUCUCCUUCUUUCUCUCCCCCAUCACAUUUUGUUCCUCCUCCUCCAUGGAAACCUUUUGUUUUGUUUUGUGUUGAACAAAAGCUUCUCAAAUUGUCAUAAGCCAAAAUAAGGCAGCGUUGUCCAUUGUUUGGGACAGCUAAAGAAUUCAAUAGCUAUGAAUAGUUGCCUUAUAUUAGACACAUUCCAUAUAGAGGCCCAUCAAUCCUACACCAUCCCUUACUUAAACCACGCUCUAUUGGUGCCCUUCCACACCAAAAUGAACGCCAUCUCUUUGAAGAAUCAAGUUUUGGUGUUCCUGGUGGCCUCAGCCUUGGCCUUGGCUGCCUCCAAGCCAUUCAGCAAAUGGGAGAUCCAUAUUAAGAAUGAAUUGAAAAAUGGGCAAGCUAUGUUCGUGCAUUGCAAGUCCAAAGACAACGACUUGGGCGAACAUACCCUUGCCACUGGCACCGAGUUCAAGUGGGACUUCAAAGUCAACUUUUGGGAUACGACGCUGUUUUGGUGCUACUUGCGCAAGCCAAACGGGCAUGAGAUGACGUUCGACGCCUUCUGGGUCGAGAAGAGGACCGAGUGGCUGCGCGUCAAGUGCGACGGUAACAUCUGCAAUUGGACUGCGGAAGAUAAUGGAAUUUACCUCAAAGAUAACAGUGAAAAUCUGGAUGAGUUCGUUCAUUACUGGAAAUUCCCAAGCCACUGAGUACAACAAAUAAUGUUUUCUUCUCUUGCUUAAGUGCUCAAAUGCUUGAUUGUUUUUCUUCAAUAAAUUGUGAUUUAUGUUU